UUUUGUUCCAGGGUUAUAUCAUAGUUGUCCUUUCAAUGAACAUUUCUCCCAGGGAAACUUCCUCUGUGAGUGUUGUGAUGAAGCAAAAGCAUUUCCGGAAACAAGAGUGUUGAGAUAUCGUUCCUGGGAUCAACAUUGUCACCAUGGCAGAAUAUUCUCAUGUGAAAUCCACAAAGCUGGUGCUAAAAGGGAUGAAGAAUAAAAGCAAGAAAAAGCAUAAAAGUGGAAAGAGGAAGAGAGAUGACGCUUCAGAGGAUGCCCUGGAUAUUGUUGGAAAUUGGUGGGUAGUCAAAGGCUUUGGUGACCUUUCAGGAACAGUGGCUAUUGAAAUGGACAAAGGCGCUUAUAUCCAUGCCCUGGACACUGGUCUGUUUACUAUCGGAGCCCCACACAAGGAUGAUGAAGGUCCCGUUCCACCAGAGCAGUUCACAGCUAUUAAGCUAUCAGACUCAAGGAUUGCUUUGAAGUCUGGAUAUGGGAAGUACCUAGGAAUAAACUCAGAUGGCCUAGUCAUUGGUCGUGCAGAUGCAAUCGGUGCUAGGGAGCAGUGGGAGCCUGUGUUUCAAGACGGGAAAAUGGCCUUAAUGGCUUCGAACAGCUGUUUUGUCGGCUGCAAUGACGAAGGAGACUUGGUAGCACAGAGUAAGACGGCAGGUGAAGACGAGAUGAUAAAGAUUAGAUGUUGUACAGAAAGGGAAUCAAAAAGAAAAGAUGACUUGCCAGAUGAAGAUAGAGGAAAUGUUAAACAUUGUGAACUUAACUAUGUCAAAAAAUUUCAAAGUUUUCAGGACCGCAAAAUUAAAGUAAGCAAGGAAGACCACAAGGAGCUCAAAAAGGCCAGAAAGGAUGGUAUUUUCCACGAAGCACUUCUGGACAGGAGAUCAAAAUUGAAAGCAGAUAGAUACUGCAAGUAAAGACAACUGAUCAACAUCUCAAUACCAAGGAGGAAGAAAAUCUGUUUUCCUUUUUUUUUUUUUUUUUUUUUUUUUUUUUUUUUUAUGUU